AUGGACGGGUACGUGCCGGCGAAGAUGAAGAGGAAGGAUCUGGAGGAGGUCUAUGACGAAUUCUCCGAGUUCUCCCUCUCCUCUCCCGCCAGAAAGAUCAGGAGGCUGGUGAGAGACUCCUCUACCUCUCUCUCUGUUUCCCUCUCUGUCCCUCGCUCUCGCUAUCCAUACAUCUCUUGCUUUUUAUCCUUUCUUGACUCUGCUAUUACAUUCAUCUAAUUUGGUUUAUUUGGGGAAAUUUUACUUACUUUUAAAGCAAUAGUCGCUAUCCAUAUGGAAUGCGAACGCAGUGAACGUCGUAUUCCAUUUAUUUUUUUUAUCCCUCGUGCGGCUCAAUUCCAAUCUUCCCCUGCAAAACGAGACAUGGCUGGCGGUGGUCUGUCACCGAGACCGAAGACCCCCAAUCUUCCUGCAAUAUCAUCAGCCUGGGGGCGGUUGGUGUCCAAACCUAUCUCCAUGAUUUCUGGCGUUUUUCUGCCGAUCCCUUGUUCCGUUUGAUCGGUUUUCAUUUCGUACCCCUCUACCUCGGAGCUGAUUCCCCUUGGCUUUAAGAUCAGAUUGUAGAUGAAAACCCUGAUUGACGGAGUAAAGCAUUUUUAUUUUAUUAUAGGUCUGAAUAUUGAGCUCUCCUCAAGCUCCAGGCCUGUGAUUCCGAAAUCUCUUCAUGUUCUUGAUUGUUCUUGGUCAAAGAACUCGGCGCUAAUUGUGAUCGAUGUUUCUUCUUCUCAACGUGUUUCCAUUUUUUUUUAAUCUAUCUAGUUAUGUGAUUGCAUUCAAUUUUAUGUGAUUAAUAUCUUGCACGCACCUGCUAUCUUAUGAUCAUUCAAACUCUUUAAUUCUGCUGGAUCGCUUCAAGGAUACGGAGCUGCCACCAAUCAUGGAGGAAGAGGAACUGCCGGCUGGUCCACCCACAGCAUUUGGGCGGCCAUUGACCAAGGAAGAUCCACUGCAGGACAUCUCACCGCAGCUGGCUGCUCGAUCAUCUGGAGGGUACGAAUCCUCUGCUCCUCUGAAUGAGGAGCGAGCCCUCGUCCUCUAUAAACCUGUCAGGUCCCGGCGGCCAUUUGACUCUCGGCAGCCAUCAAACGUGUUUCUCAAGGUCGACCCAGAUGUGAUUGCCAGUUUGAAGAGUAAGUAAGAACCUCAGAGACCAUGGUCAACGAUCUACUUGCCACCUGGUCUGAGAAUCUUGUCAUUCAGAAAUGCAAAUGUUCCUGCAGAUCAAUCGCUCUGGCUAGGCCAACCAAACUCGGAGAAAGCAAGGGAAACAGCACCUAGCAACCUCCUGGCUCUCGUACCAUGGAUUCCACCCCCCCAGCCGCUGGAAGCUGCGACUUUGGCUAGUGUGGGUGGAGGAGAAGAUGGAUCGGUGGAGGAGGCCAUGGAAUCUGAAGACGUUGUUGGCAGCACGUCUAUGGAUAUUGAACCUGGAAGCGAGGGACUGCAGCACAGGCAUCAGCAACAGCAGCAGCAGCAGCAACAGCACUGCAUGAGCUCGCAGGUGAGUUCAAGUGAGUCGAACCCUGUCAUGUGGUCAUGGGGAUGA